UUUAUUGUUCUGAUGCAUUUUCCAAAGGCCAAAUAUGAAACCUGUCGUUUUAUGUCUUCUCUUGCGGGUAAAGCAAAGUAAACUCAACCAACAAUCAUACCAAAUAGAAUAGCCGUGUGGGUUAGGGUUGUUUAUCGCCGCUCGUGGGUUUGGGUCGUUUAUGGCCGCUCGUGUAAGUCACGAGGCAUGUGUUGCGUUAAAGUUUGAGUUCGGCUAGUGCCCUAAAAGCUAAACCCUAAAUGUAAAUAUUUUAUAAGUGCUCUUUGAGCCCUUGGAUCUUUCCAGCUUUGGACUAAAGCACCACCCCACCCUAGAUUUUCUCUAUCAAAAAAUUGCUAAUAUUCAAUUUCACUAGUUUCUAAUCACUUUUAUUUUAAAGAGGUUCUAAUUACUUUCUUCUCGAAAACCCUCCUUCCCAAUUUUAUUUUCAUUCCUUCCUAUUCUAUUCUAUGCCUAGAGCUUUUACUUGAAGCUACAUCACCUGAGGGAUUCUUGGUCUUUGGAUUUGCUUUUGGUGUCUCGAGGACAAUUCAGAUUCUUUGAAGAAAGUUGAAUUUUGUGGGAAAAAUGGCAACGUUAGUUGAACCCCCUUACAGAAUUAAGCCAAAGGGAAAGCAUUAUUAUAGAAUAUCAAAAACAUUGUUUGAGGUUGAUAUGAAGUAUGUUCCAAUUAAGGCUAUUGGCAGAGGAACAUAUGGUGUGGUGUGCUCAUCCAUCAAUAAAGAUACUGAUGAGAAAGUUGCAAUUAAGAAGAUUAGCAAUAUAUUUGAUAAUUGUAUUGAUUCAGUGAGAACUUUAAGGGAGAUGAUGCUGCUUAGAAAUAUUCGACACGAGAAUGUGAUUGCUUUGAAAGAUGUUAUGAUGCCGGUACAUAGAACAAGUUUUAAGGAUGUCUACUUGGUUUAUGAACUCAUGGAAACAGAUCUUCAUCAAAUUAUCAAGUCUACUCAGCCACUUUCUAAUGAUCAUUGCAAAUAUUUCUUGUUUCAGCUACUACGUGGUCUUAAUUAUAUUCACUCUGCAAAGAUUCUUCACCGAGAUUUGAAGCCUAGUAAUCUGCUUGUCAAUAGCAAUUGUGAUUUGAAGAUAUGUGACUUUGGGCUUGCCCGAACCAAUGGAGUGUAUGGCGAGUUUAUGACGGAGUAUGUUGUCACACGCUGGUAUCGUGCUCCCGAGCUUCUAUUAAGUUGUGACAGUUACGGAACCUCCAUCGAUGUGUGGUCCGUAGGAUGCAUUCUUGCUGAGAUUCUUGGUAGAAAGCCAAUCUUCCCUGGAACUAGUAGUUUGGAUCAACUGAAACUAAUUGUAAGUGUUCUUGGGAGUCCGCAUGAAUAUGAUCUCGAGUUCAUUGAUACUCAAAGAGAGAGGAUGUUUAUCAAAUCAUUUCCUUAUACACGAGGGGUACACUUCUCUAAUCUAUUCCCACAAGCGGAUCCAUUAGCCAUAGACUUGUUACAAAAAAUGCUUGUGUUCGAUCCGACGAGAAGAAUUACUGUCUCAGAAGCACUUCAACAUCCAUAUAUGGCUGAUCUAUAUGAUCCAUGGUGUAAUACUCCUGCUGAAGUCCCUAUAAAUCUCGACAUUGAUGAAAAUUGGGGCGAACAAAUGAUUAGAGAAAUGAUGUGGAAUGAGAUGCUACAUCACCAUCCUGAAGUUGCUUAUGCCAAUGCAUAAGUGUUUCUAAUUCACAGUUUUUAUGUAGUAGUGAUUUUGUUUUUUAAUAGAGAAGCUUCAACCCGAAGUGCUUAUAGCUACCGGAUUUUUGCUUGUACCAUGUUACUUUAUUUAAUGGGCACUUUGUGCUAUUCAUUCCCAUAUUGAUAUUGACAUGUUUUGGUCUUUGGUUGAGGUUGAA